CGGCCGCGCUCCCUCCCGCCAUGUACGGGGUUUGCGGCUGUUGCGGAGCGCUCCGGCCCCGCUACAAGCGGCUCGUGGACAACAUCUUCCCCGAGGAUCCCGAGGAUGGGCUGGUGAAGAGCAACAUGGAGAAGCUGACGUUCUACGCGCUCUCGGCUCCGGAGAAACUCGAUCGCAUCGGAGCCUACCUGUCCGAGCGGCUGAUCCGCGACGUCGGCCGGCACCGAUACGGCUCGGUGUGCGUGGCCAUGGAGGCGCUGGACCAGCUGCUGCUGGCCUGCCACUGCCAGAGCAUCAACCUCUUCGUCCAGAGCUUCCUCACCAUGGUGGCCAAACUCCUGGAGUCCGAAAAGCCCGACCUCCAAAUCCUGGGAACCAACUCCUUUGUGAAGUUUGCCAACAUUGAGGAGGACACGCCCUCGUACCACCGCAGCUACGACUUCUUUGUGUCGCGCUUCAGCGAGAUGUGCCACUCCGGCCACGCCGACCCCGACGUGCGCGCCAGGAUCCGGAUGUCGGGGAUCCGGGGGCUCCAGGGCGUCGUGCGCAAGACGGUGCAGGACGAGCUCCAGGCCAACAUCUGGGAACCGCAGCACAUGGAGAAAAUCGUCCCCGCCCUCCUCUUCAACCUCCAGCAGCCACAGCCACAGCCCAGCCGCUCUCCGUCGCCGCUCCAGGCGGCCGAGAAGGAGCAGGAGACUCCGUGGGAAUUGGCCGAGCGCUGUCUCCGGGAAUUGUUGGGAAGAGCGGCCUUUGGGAAUAUCAAGAACGCCAUCAAGCCCGUCCUCACGCACCUGGACCAUCAUUCCCUGUGGGAGCCGCAGCUCUUCGCCCGCUCCUGCUUCCGGAUCAUCAUGUUCUCCAUCCAGCCCCAGCAUUCCCACCUGGUGAUCCAGCAGCUCCUGGGUCACCUGGACGCCAACAGCCGGAGCGCGGCGCCGAUCCGCGCCGGAAUCGUCGAGGUGCUCUCGGAAGCCGCCGUCAUCGCCGCCUCCGGAUCCGUGGGUCCCACGGUGCUGGAGGUGUUCAACACUCUCCUGCGGCAGCUCCGCCUCAGCGCCGAGCUCAGCUCCCAGCUCAGCCCCGGGCCCGGCUCCGAACCCCGACUGCGCCAGGAGCGGCUCCUGCAGGAGGCCGUCAUCAAAACCAUCGGUUCCUUCUCGUCGCGGCUGCCGCCGUACCAGCGUUCCGAGGUGAUGCUUUUCAUCAUCAACAAAAUUCCCAUUCCCGACUCCCGCCAUUCCCUGGAGCCCGGAGCCCAGCGGGAAAACCGGACCCGGCUGACGCAGCUGACGCUCCUCAAAUCCCUGCUCCAGGUUUCCGCGGGAUUCCAGAGCAGCAGCCUCCUCACCGCUCUCCCCAGCGCUUUCCUGGACCGGCUCCUCUCGGCCGCGCUCCUGGAGGAUCCCGAAAUCCGAAUUUUUGUCCUGGAAAUUCUCUGCAGCUUCAUCGAUCGCCACGGCAACGGCCCCAGCUUCAGCCCCGCCAGCUCCGUCAGCGACGUCUCCGUGCUGAAGCUGAAGGUGGAGAAAUGUUCCCGCCAGGAUUCCGUCUUCAUGAAGAAGCACGGCCCGCAGCUCUUCCGGCACAUUUUCCUGCUCUCCCGGGAAGGGAACAAUUCCCGGGAACAUUUCCAGGCCCUUUUCCGACUCCUGGCGCUGCUGAGCCUGGAGCUGGCCAGCGAUGACGUCAUCGUCGACCUGGUGCGCCUCGUGCUCGCCCUGCAGGAUCUGGCGCAGGAGGAGCCGCUGCCGCUCUACAAUCGCUGCGCGCUGCUGGCGCUGGGAGCCGCGUUCCUGGCGCUGCUGGGGACCCUCCUGGGGAACCCCGGCCUCCGGCUCCACGUCCAGGAGGUGAUCCAGGCCCGGCAGAAGGAGGCGCCGUUCCUGCUGCCCGAGGAGGCUUUCGGAGACAACCCCCGGGUGGGUGGGGCCAGCCUGGAGCAGCUGGGGCCGGAAUUUUUCUUCGGACAAAACAAAAUCAGUGAAAUCCUGGGGAGCUGCGGAUACUGCGCCGAGAGACUCAGCGCGCCCUACGUGCCCCAGCUCUCCGAUGAGGAUCGUUUAUCCAAGAGGAAAAGCAUCGGAGAGACGAUUUCCCUGCAGGUGGAGGUGGAAUCCCGGAACAGCCCGGAGCGGGAGCAGAGAGCUCCGGCGGAGGAGAUCACCUACGAGACGCUGAAAAAGGCCAUCGUUGACAGCGUGGCGGUGGAGGAGCAGGAGCGCGAGCGGCGGCGCCAGGUGGUCGAGAGGUUCCAGAAGGCUCCGUUCGAGGAAAUCGCCGCCCACUGCGGAGCCCGGGCGUCGCUGCUGCAGAGCAAACUCAACCAGAUCUUCGAGAUCUCCGUCAGGCCCCCCCCGAGUCCCUCGGCUCCGUUCCCGGCUCCGGCUCCGGCUCCGUCGCGGCCGCCGCCGCCCUCGGUUCCGGUGUACGAGAUGAAAUUCCCGGAUCUCUGCGUCUACUGAAACCCGGGAAAACACCGGGAAAACACCGGGAAAAU